UUCCCGUCUCUCUGUGUGCAACCUGCAUUCCAAAGUAUAUACAUACAUACACGUAUAUGCAGGCAUAAAGAGAGAGAGAGAGAGAGAGAGAGAGGAAGGGGUUGGGAAAGAGGAUUGAGCAAAACCCUAGCUUCUCUGGCCGAUCAAUGACUGGUCAUCGGCGCGAAACUUUGGCAUCUUCUCGGCUCUUCUCUGAGGAAAAUAUUAAACUAAAAGAAAAAAAGAAAAGGAACAGAUCUUCAGGGCAGAAGAGAAGAAACAAGGAAAAGGGGGAAGAGAUUGAAGCCACUGAACUCAAUCAGUUCAAUGUCAAUGCUUUUAAAUCAGAUGAAGCAAUGGAAGAAAAGAAGAACAAUUUGUUGCGGGUUAAGAAAAGAAAAAAUUCAAAGAUAAAUGAAGUUGAAAUCUCUGAAGUUGAUGAGCUCCACAAUGAAGUGGAAGAUGGUUUCGAUGAAGAGAUAGGAGUAGAUGCAGCUGGAGAAAAGAGAAAGAGCAAAUUGAGGAAAAAGAAAAGAAAAAAUGCAAAGAUAAAUGAAGUUGAAAUCUCUGAAGUUGAUGAGCUCCAAAAUGAAGUGGAAGAUGGUUUCGAUGAAGAGAUAGGAGUAGAUGCAGCUGGAGAAAAGAGAAAGAGCAAAUUGAGGAAAAAGAAAAGAAAAAAUGCAAAGAUAAAUGAAGUUGAAAUAUCUGAAGUUGAUGAGCUCCACAAUGAAGUGGAAGAUGGUUUCGAUGAAGAGAAAGGAGUAGAUGCAGCUGGAGAAAAGAGAAAGAGCAAAUUGAGGAAAAAGAAAAGAAAAAAUGCAAAGAUAAAUGAAGUUGAAAUCUCUGAAGUUGAUGAGCUCCACAAUGAAGUGGAAGAUGGUUUCGAUGAAGAGAUGGGAGUAGAUGCAGCUGGAGAAAAGAGAAAGAGCAAAUUGAGGAAAAAGAAAAGAAAAAAUGAGAAGAUAAAGAAAUCAGACAUUGUCAAAGCCAAGGAUCUCUAUGAUGAAAUUGAAGAUGGCUAUGACGAACAAAAUGGUAACUUAGAGAAAGCUUGUAAAGUUACAAAGGGCCAUCUAUCCUCAAAGGAAGAUGGAAAGUUACUGGAUAAGAGAGGAGAAACUGAACAAGAUGAGGUUUAUCAUAUAUCUUCAGGGGAUGAGGACUGCUCUAGAGGAAUGAAAAAAUGGACUAUGGAAUACUAUCAAAGUAGACCAGGGUUGAAGAUAUUGCAACAAAGGAUUGAUGACUUUAUAACUGAUCAUGAAGAACAAGAAGAGAAGGCAAGGAAAGAAAGAGAAGAACUUGCUGCAGAAGACGGAUGGACUGUUGUUGCACAUCACAAGGGUAGGAAAAAGACAACAGAUUCUGAAAGUGGGAUUACUGUGGGUUCAGUUGCCCCUGCUGCUGUUCUGGAUAAAAUGGCUAAAAAGAAAACUAAAGAAGUUGGUUUAGAUUUCUACAGAUUUCAGAAAAGGGAGGCCCAGAGGAAUGAGAUUAUGAUGCUGCAAAGCAAAUUCGAGCAGGAUAAGAAACGGAUUCAACAACUGAGAGCUGCAAGGAAGUUUCGGCCCUACUGAAUGCUUUACAGACUGAAAUAUCCCAUUUGUUAUAUCAAUUGUUACUAUUUGAAAAGUAAACGGCUCAUUGCGGUAACAAUCUUUGAUCUUUUUUCCCCUUUGUGAAGAGAUGAGCAAAAUCAGAAGCCAGCAAUGGUAAUUUAUUGUUACUCAUGCGAACAAUUUGAGCUGAAUUAUUGAAUGAUGUACCUCUUAAUUUUUGAAUUACAGAGUAUUAAUUAGCUCAGUAUGGUUUCUUUAUUUUUGAAUUA